UUGUGCCAACUUUCGUCGUUUAAUGCUCAUUGUAGCUUAUAUUCCCCGUCCCGGUUCAUUCCCUUUGUCCCUCCUUCCUUCCUUCCUUCCCUUUUAGUAAGUCAGGAGAGUGUGCUUCUAUUCGAGCAAAUUCUGAAAAGUCUAGUGAUGACGACAAAUUUGCCACGCGAUUUGGCAGUAACAAAGCUCCACGACCAGCCUCUUGACCUUUCCGUGAAAUCCGAGUUGUCCACGAAUGAGGAUUGUGGGUACGGGAGUGGAAGUGAGAGGAUAAGCGAAUGCAACGAAAUUUCUAUGGAAGAUCCACUUUUGUCCCGACAAUGCAUUCGCAAUCCACUCCUAGGAGUAGAACACCAUUGUAUGUUUCCAACUUAUUCUUGUCAAGUAAUUUUGCCUGCAUGUUACCUCAUCCUUAAUACGUUUCUUUUAGUUACGGAAUUACUGCAGAAGCGGCGAGCAGUAAGAAACUCUCCAGUCCUAUGGCAGUUCCUGCUCAAAUGCCUAAACAAUCCGCAGUGCAAUCCAGCAGUUAUUGAGUGGGUCUGUGAAGAGGAGGGCGUGUUUAGAUUGACAAACGCUCGGCACCUUGCGAAACUGUGGGGUGAACAAAAACACAAGCCCAAUAUGAGCGAGGAGAACCUCAAGCGAUCACUCAGGUAUUACUAUAGCAAAAGGAUCUUGAACAAGGUUCAGGGACAUCGAGAUGUCUACAAGUUCUUUGCUAGCUUGACCUGA